AAUUUAGCUUUGGCAGCACCAUCGAAUUGGGGACACCGAAACCUGGGCCGUGAGCACUCUCAGUUCCUCUCUGAUUGCAUACAUCAAAAUCAAGUGAUACCUCGGAGUGUGCUCGUAGAGUUAAUCAAAUCAGUAAGAAAACAGUUGGAAAAUAAUUAAAUAAGAUAUAAGAGAAUUGAUUGUAGAUUACAGUAUUUGUUUUAAUACCUUCGUAAUUUUGGAUUUUGAUUUGGAAGGCGUAAGGAAAACAGAGAAAGAUAUUCUAAGCGAAAAAUGCCAAAAUCAAAGGAAUAUGUCGAUAGUACCGAUGAUAGUAGCAAUGAAGAGGAGGAAGUGAAACCAUCAAAACAAAAGAAGAGAGAACCUGAAGAGAAGGAAGAGAAGAUGGCAAAAAAGAAGAAGAGAGAACCUGAGGAGAAGGAAGAGAAAACAGCAAAAAAGGCCAAAAAACAGUCGGGCGACGAUGAAGAUGAUAGUUGGGAUUUGGGAAAUAAUCGUAAAGUUAUGGUCCGGGACUUUAAAGGGAAAUUGCUGGUCGAUAUUAGAGAAAUGUAUUUUGAUAAUGCAGGAAACACAAAACCUGGAAAGAAAGGUAUUGCUUUAACUAUGCCUCAAUGGCGAAAAUUACUGGAUAUUAUAGAAGACGUUGACGAAGCUGUAAAGUCUAAAGCUUAAAUUUCUCUUUCAUUUUAUAUCAGUCCACACAAAUGUUUCACGAAACUUGGCACUUUCAACAUCUAAUGUGUGCCUAUGAUACUUAAAGUGUAUUAUAAAUGUUAAAUGUAAAUAAAAUACACAUUUCUUUUCUAUAAAUAA